ACCUCUGGCUGCCGAGCGGGCUGCAGCGCGGGCGCUCGCCGGUCCCGGAGCGAUGGGCCGGGGGCGAUCGCGCAGCCUGUGACCUGGGGGCCGGGAUGCCGCGGCCCGAGCCCAUGCCCGGCUACGGGCAGCUGCUGCAGCGCGGCUACCGGAGCCUGGCGGGGGCGGUGCGGAGCUGCACGGACUGCGGCUGGGAGCUCUCCCGGCGGACCUGGGCCGAGAACGCGUCCCUCGCCUGGAGCGAGCCCCUGCUCUGCCUGCUGUGCGCCAUCGGCUGGACCUGGCUGCGCAGGGCCGCCUCCGGCUGCCUCUUUCGGCCGUUCGGGGAGUGGUGUAACCUGCAGCCAAAGGAUGCUGCCAAGAUGCCCGAGAGCGCCUGGAAGCUGCUGUUCUACACGCUGUCCUGGUCAUACGGCACCUACCUGCUCUUCUUCACCGAGUACCCCUUCUUCCACGACCCGCCCUCCGUCUUCUACGGUUGGGAGAAGGGUAUGGAUGUACCCACCGACAUUGGCAUCGCCUACUUGCUGCAGGGCAGCUUCUACGGGCACUCCAUCUACGCCACCGUGUACAUGGACGCCUGGCGCAGGGACUCCAUCGUCAUGCUCAUCCACCACGUGGUGACACUGACGCUCAUCGUCUUCUCCUACGCGUUCAGGUUCCACAACGUGGGGAUUCUCGUGCUCUUCCUGCACGACAUCAGCGACGUGCAGCUGGAGUUCACCAAGCUCAACGUCUACUUCAAACACCGGGGCGGGAUCUAUCACCGGCUCAACGACGUCAUCGCCGACCUCGGCUGCCUCACCUUCAGCAUCAGCUGGUUCUGGUUCCGCCUCUACUGGUUCCCCCUCAAAGUGCUCUACGCCACCUGCCACAGCAGCCUGCAGUCUGUGCCCAACAUCCCCUUCUACUUCUUCUUCAACGCCCUGCUCUUCGCGCUCACCCUCAUGAACCUCUACUGGUUCCUGUACAUCGUCCUGUUUGUGGCCAAGGUGCUGACGGGGCAGAUGCAGGAGGUGAACGACGUGCGUGAAUACGACGUGGAGGAGAGCAAGAAAACCACAGGGCCCCGGAAAGCGGGUGAACUCCAGCUCCCCAAGUCCUGGAAAGAAGGGAACCACCUGAAGAACGGGCUGAUAAAAGACAAACGGUUAUAAUGGAACCGCUGGGCAGCCUCUGGGGACUGACCUGGGGCCCUCCAUGAACCCAGCGAAGGAGAGAGCCCCGCGGAGAAGGAGUGCAAGACCCCAACCCCCCCACCCCCAAAACCCUGCCUGGAGCUGGGGAGCAGCUGGCAGCCGACAGAAACAGUCCAUGCGGCUCGGCUCGGCUCUGGCUUCACUUGAUCCUGACGUGGCUUCUGGAGCCUGUUUGCGCUGGGCACCCUGCAGGCUGUUGGAUGGGUUGGCUGAGAUGGGGGGGAGGGUUUCCUAGCAGGGUCCAGGUCAGAUAUGGAACUUGCUUUCGGUUACCUGGGAUCCCCCGUGCCAACCCCACCCCUUCGCCAUCCUCCCUCUCUGUCAUUUCCCCAGACCUGGCAAGUUGUGGGAUCCCAGGCAGCUCUUGUCUCUGGAGCACUGACUGACGCCGUGGAGCUGGUGAGGGGCUCGAAGCAGGGAGGCAAACGCCCCUGCCCCUUCGGCACCAGUGUCCCAAGCGUGGGGGCCCAGAGCCAGCUCUGCGGUAACUGCAAACAGGGAAUGGUGACAUACCACUAGGCAGAAGUGUUGUGCUGCUAUGUGCCCUGCUGGCCAGUAGGGGUCAGUGUACUACAGGGAGCUGCUGUACGUGCAUCCAGGGGUUACUCCACAGAGCAACCCAGGCCCCUGCCUGGAACCCCCUGGGCCAGCGCCUAGAGCAUUCUCCCCGCAGCCUGCCCUCCUGCCCCCAGUCCCUUAGGAGGCCAGUGCCUGGAUCAGAGAGAGAAGGGACAGUGGCUCCCUCUAGGGCUCCUGCCUUGAUGAAUCCCCUGGCCUGAGAAACCGGCUCUGGCUUAAAGGGCUUUGCAUUUCCUGCAGGCUGGGCUGAGCUGCAGCUGUUUCCUCUCAGUGGGGAAGAACCCUGUGGACUUUUGCACCCAUCCCUCCCCCUGGAGCUGGACUCACCCCACGGGAAUACUACUGCAGUGUCGGCUGCUGCCUGCUCCUCUCCGAGGGCCCUAAGGCCAAGCCAGGGGGACAAUAGGCCACUGAAGGGAAUUGCAGCCGGCCUGCAGAGGGUUAAGCCAAACGGGCAGGGGGUGAGGGGCUGGUUGUUGUUUCUGGUCCUUGCUUAGAUGCAGACCCCAGAUAAUGCUGAAUACGCCACAAAGAGACUCCCUGGAAAACAUCAGCGACUGGGUGGUAACAUGAAAACAUGAGCCAGGUUGUUAGAAAUCCCCCAGUUCUGGCUGUUCCCCCCCAGCCAGCCAAACUAGCGAGGACAGGAAAUUAAACAUCCCACCACUGGC